CACAAAAGAGAUUUGAUUGCAUAAAGAAAUCAUGUCGCCACGAGAGCACAGGACACCGACCUGCCUGCAUGCUGUUGAUUGUUGAGCUUCCAAAGAAUUGAGACGCAAACAUUUCACCUACUUCCACUUCCAGUAAGUUGCGGGGUCAUGUAAUGGAGUUCAGAGUGGCGGGCUAUGGCAAUCCAUCCCUCCCCUCCCCUCCCCGCCCUCGCGCCCUCUUUGCCUUUUCUUCCAUUCUACUGCAACUUCUAUUACUACCCACCCAUCUUCCCGAACCACCCCAGCAUACCAUCAUUUGCUUCUCUUCCUCUGGGUAAACGGAGGACCGCGAGCGAGUGAUCUGGGGCUAAAUAUGAGGGUGAAAAGUAAUCGGGGUUUGUGUUAGGCACCAUAUUGUUGAUAAUCGUUCAGAUCAAUAAAAAUGGGAUUAAGUUGGUUUAAGGCAAUAAUUAGCCUAAAGAAAGUCAAGGAAGAUCGAUCCAAGAAAGCGAAGGUACAUUCUGCUAAUGAAAAGUCAGCUGGGUCCAAAUGGAGGCAUCGGAAUGGUAAAUAUUCAAGUAGGGAUGCCAAUGGUACUUCUAGCCAAACUCCUAGCAGUCUUGGUGUGCCAGUCAAAGUUAUAGCUGCCAUUCGGAUUCAGACUGCUUUUCGGGCCUUCAUGGCAAGGAAAACUUUACGUCGUCUUAAAGGGACAGUGAAGUUUCAAGUUUUGAUUGAAGACCAUACUGCUAAAAAUCAAGCGCUAAACACAUUAAGCCAUAUACAUUCAUGGAGCAGAAUACAAGCACAGAUUCAUGCUCGUAGACUCUGUAUGGUUACGGAAGGCCGGCUUAAGCAAAAGAAACUAGAAAAUCAGCAAAAACUUGAGGCAAAGCUUCAUGAACUAGAGCAGGUGGAAUGGUGCAGCGGCUCUGAAACCAUGGAGGAAAUCCUCUCCAGGAUUCAACACAGAGAAGAAGCUGCUGUUAAGCGUGAACGAGCCAUGGCAUAUGCCUUCUCUCAUCAGUGGAGAGCCAACUCUAGUCAGUAUCUGGGCCAGGCUUAUUAUGAUCUUGGUAAAGAUAACUGGGGCUGGAGCUGGAAAGAGCGGUGGGUAGCCGCUCGCCCAUGGGAGAUACGGGUUCACUGUUCACCUAUUAACCCAAAAAAAGUUCAGGCCAAGCAGGCAACCAAAGGAGGCAAAAUUACUGACCAGCCAUCCACGAAAAUCACAGUUCCAGCUCUACCUGCCUCAUCAAACGGGAAGGGAACCAUGAAAGGAAAAACACUGCCCUACCCAAAUGCUGGAAAAGAUGGUGAUGGGAAUGCGGAGCAAGAACAGGUGACUGCUUAAGUACCUAGCAAUGAGAAUUUCAAGGCUCUUUCAGAAUUUUAGUCCGUGUUACUGUGUUGGUGUUGAUGUGGGGAAAUAUGUUUUCUUGCAGUGUGCAGAAUAAAACUAUAGAAGCCUAUACUGUGAAUCUACAUUGAGUGCUUAAUUAUGUAAUUUCUCACUAUCGUAUGAAGCUUUUAUGGUUGUAAUCUAUGAACUCUUGUGUAUGUGCUGGUUAUAGAGCCAGUGAUGAGGAAUUCUAAAUUUACUGGUUGAUCA